CGCCCCUCAGUUCCCAGGACCAGCGGCGGCGGGCGGAAGCAGGCCGGUCGGGCUGUCGCUGGGGGCUGCGGUGUACGUCGCCGGGACUGGCGUGGGGACCUGCGGCUGGCGCGGGUCCGUGGCUGCUCACCUCCUGCUCACCUCCUGCUCACCCUGCGCGGCUGCCAUGAAGAACUCGCUGGUGCUGCUGAGCCGUGUCCCGGCCCACCCGGACUCCCGCUGCUGGUUCCUGGCCUGGAACCCCGCAGGGACCCUGCUGGCCUCGUGCGGGGGGGACCGUAGAGUCCGCAUCUGGGGCACGGAGGGUGGCAUCUGGGUCUGCAAGUCUGUCCUCUCUGAGGGCCACCAGCGAACGGUGCGGAAGGUGGCCUGGUCUCCCUGCGGGAAUUACCUGGCAUCCGCCAGCUUUGACGCCACCACUUGUAUUUGGAAGAAGAACCAGGACGACUUUGAGUGUGUGACCACUCUGGAGGGUCACGAAAAUGAGGUCAAAUCAGUGGCCUGGGCCCCGUCUGGCAACCUCUUGGCCACCUGCAGCCGAGACAAGAGUGUGUGGGUCUGGGAAGUGGACGAGGAGGACGAGUAUGAGUGUGUCAGUGUCCUCAACUCCCACACUCAGGAUGUCAAACAUGUGGCCUGGCACCCACAUCAGGAGCUUCUGGCCUCUGCCAGCUACGACGACACAGUGAAGCUCUACCGGGAGGAGGAGGACGACUGGGUGUGCUGUGCCACCCUCGAGGGUCACGAAUCCACUGUGUGGAGCUUGGCCUUCGACCCCAGUGGCCAGCGCCUGGCGUCCUGCAGUGAUGACCGCACCGUGCGUAUCUGGCGCCAGGACCCGCCCAACAGCGAGCACGGGGCGGCACGCGGCGGCUCGGACCCCAGCUGGAAAUGCAUCUGCACUUUGUCCGGCUUCCAUUCCAGGACCAUUUAUGAUAUCGCUUGGUGUCGGCUGACAGGGGCCCUGGCCACGGCCUGUGGGGAUGAUGCCAUCCGCGUGUUUGAGGAGGAUCCCAGCCCGGAUCCGCUGCAGCCCACCUUCUCUCUGACGGCUCACCUGCCCCAGGCCCACUCCCAGGAUGUCAACUGUGUGGCCUGGAACCCCAAGCAGCCGGGGCUCCUGGCCUCCUGCAGUGACGAUGGGGAGGUUGCCUUCUGGAAGUACCAGCAGCCCGAAGUCCUCUGAGAUGUCUCUCCUUUGGACAGAAUUCUGGUUCCUCAGAAAACAUCCAAAGACUUCCCCAGCCCCCGAGAGGGCCUGGAGGAUCCCCCGUCAUCUCCCUUUAACCCAGCUGCCCCCAUUCAGACUGGAGGACGUGCGGAGCUGCGGAACUGCUCACUCUUUCCCCGCCUUUAAUUCGGGCUCCUUGGUGAAGAGCUGCGGAACAUCAGAACAUUUGUUCUGAAGCUCAGCUGUUGCUUGCUUUAAGGCACAGGGAGAAAAGACAGUUCCGUUUGGAGGGUGAGUGUAUACGUGUGUGUUGGGGGAUGUCUACCUAGGAGCUUGUCUGAAACUAAGUUUUAUAUAAGGUCAAACAUUUGAGUCCUAUUUGACAUAUAAGUGCAUUCACAAUUUAAGAGAAUUCUAUGACUCCUUUUCUGAAACUGGUCCCGCCUUCCCAGUUUCUAGGUAAAUCCUUGCUUAUUUAAAGAAUUAUUAUUUCUUUUAACGUAGGUUUAAGAGUAAGGGUCUCCUCUGUUUUCUCUUGGUAUCCCUCAUUUACCUUCUGAGCCAUCAUGCUGUAAUGGCAGCUGAAGGAUGCUGAAAAGUCCAUGGGGGAGACAUGAACCCUAAAAAGGAGAGUGACUGCCCAUCACAGGCUGUGCCUUCUCAACGGAGAUGGAAAUUUAUUCUUGGGUGGGAGGCAAAAAAAUCCUAGAUAUGUGGCCCUCAAAAGGACACAGUAUAUGAAUGCACAGUACAGCUGUAUCAUUAAAAUUUCAUGGUGGCGGACAAUUAAGAAAAAGAUACCUGAUAAUGCUUCUUAGGGGAGUGAUAGCAAGACACAGGUUGAGAGACCCCCCAGGCAGCCAGUUCCUCAAUCUCAGUCCUGUUGUCAUGUUGUCUCCUAGCUGCCACUUCCAAGUGGGUUUGGACCCCAGGACCGUCUCCAAGCCCCAGCCUUCACUUUGCAUGCUGUAGAAUUCCUGAGCUACACUCCAAAUGGCAGCUGGGGUUGUGGGGCAGUGGUUCUGAGUGGCCUGCAGAUCCCUGGGAUCCCUGACCCUUUUGGGGGACCUGAGGUUGGCCGUUGGCACCUUGGCACGAGGCGAGCAGUGGGCCCACAGUACUAGUUUUCAGUCUUGACCACCUUGCACUCACAAAAUAUUGCCAAUUUCACUUUAAGAUAUCCCUUGUGGUACCAGUAGAGUACUGCAUUGAAUCUUGACCUUGAGAACCUAAUCUGUGACAAAGUGGAGGAUGGGUAAAGCGCUUGGUGCACUGAAGGAUGAUGGCUGUCUCGAGGAAAAGCUGCAUGCAGCUGGUGUGCCGUCCCUAUCUUAAAGGACGAGCAACUUAAGGUAUUUAGAUUGGCUGCUUGGCUGAUGUGUUCUCCGAAAUGAAAGGAAUGAGCUUUUCACUUCAAGGGAAACAGCUGACAGUGUUGACAAUGAUUAAAGCUUUCAAGCAAAAAUUAGAAUUUUUGAAAACUUGUAUUGCCACCCUAAGCUGAUGGCUAGCUUCCGAAUAGAGUUCUGACAGGAUUGGUUAAGUAUGUUAACAUGUAAUUUUUCAUGUUGUAUAAUGAAUUGUGUCAGCAUUUGGGGGAUCUGCAUAAUUCAGUGAAUCAACAUUUUCCAAAUGAGUAAUCCGUGUUACCAUCUGUCACGGGCAGGAGACCCACUCAAAGCCCAAGACGGGUCUUAAGGUAACGGCACCAAAAGUUCAGUGAUAAGGUUUGACUCCACUUUGCAACUAACCUUUACGAACUACCAGCUGUGGCAUCCUGCUGUGUCAAUUACCUGCAAAGGCGAUUUAGAAGCCCCUCCCUUGUCUAACCACCUGGCUGUGAGGACAACAGAUUGUAGCAGCAGCUAUGAGUAUGUGUCUUCUAUCAAGCCAGACAUUAAAGAGAUUUGCAAAUA